CCCAAAGCCAACCGCUGAGGGAAAUGGAAGUAACAGGUGCAACGGAGCGAAAAACACUGCCGAAGCACAGUUCGCGCCCCACCACUGCGGCUGCGUGCGCGCCGUUCCGGAAGCGGAAAUGCACACAGGUCAAGGUUGGUUUUCAAGAUGGCGGCCCUCAAGGUGCUGGCGUCCGGCUGUGGCUGGCUUUUCCGAAGGCUCCUGGCGGGCCCAGCCACAGCCAACUGGGCUCGGCUGCCAGCUCGCGGAUUCAGGGAAGUGGUGGAGAUCCAAGAAGGGAAGACAACUAUAAUUGAAGGCCGCAUCACAGGGACUCCCAAGGAGAGUCCAAAUCCUCCUAACCCGUCUGGCCAGUGCCCCAUCUGCCGCUGGAACCUGAAGCACAAGUACAACUAUGUGGAUGUUUUGCUGCUAAGUCAGUUCAUCCGGCCUCACGGAGGCAUGCUGCCCCGAAAGAUCACAGGCCUGUGCCAGGAGGAACACCGAAAGAUUGAGGAGUGUGUGAAGAUGGCCCACCGAGCAGGUCUGCUCCCAAAUCACAGGCCUCGGCUUCCUGAAGGAUUUGUUCCAAAGAGCAAACCCCAACUCAACCGGUACCUGACCCGCUGGUCUCCCCGUUCUGUCAAGCCCAUCUACAAUAAAGGCCACCGCUGGAACAAGGUGGGCAUGCCCGUGGGGUCACCUCUCCUGAAGGACAACAUCUGCUACUCACCAAAGCCUUUGAAGUAUUAUCAUUGAUGGAGAGCAGGGCUUCUAGAAAACCUGGCUGGAGCUCCUCCUGCACCUCCACUGUGGAGUAGGAGGCCCACUCAUGAGCCCCAAGCCACACUGCACUCCUGCCCUAUCCCACCAGGAUGGCCUGGCCCCUUCAACGUGAAUGGACAAGGGACAGCAGAACUAACUUCACCAUUGUCCUGCCCAGGAACAGUGCUGGGAUCAAGGGCAGUUAGGUACCUUAGCAGCUGCUAUGGGGCUUGGGCUGAGCUCAGUGCUGGGGGACAGGAGUUUUGCCCAAAGGAGUGUCAUAAACUAGGCUUAUGGGCUUA